GUAGUCAGUUUUGUAGCUCGUCGUAUAUAAACGUGCGUUAACGGCCACCGCUGAGCCAUAAGACGCCUUCAAGUCUAGCUGGCUGUUACAAACGAGAGUAGAUAUUGAAGUUGUGUCAACAAAAACCAAAAACUAUUGUGGAUUAUAUUACAAAAUUAUUGAAAUAAUAAAAAACACGCGCGUAAUACAUUUUUGUGAAAAUCGUUAUUAAAUAAGACCAACCAAAAAAUAUAACGGUUAACUUGCGUGUGUUUAAUUAAUAUCCACAAAUAACAAGAAAAUAAAAAUAAAAAUUCAACAAAUUAUUUAUAAGAAAAUAAUUGGUGAAAUACACAAAUAAACAGUGCAAAUUUCUUAAAUAAAUAAUUUUGUCUUAUAAAUAAUCAUACGUAAAGAAAACCCAAACAUUAACAAAAAAAAUAAAAAUUACUAAGCCAAAAAUUGUUUGUAAUUAUUUUUGAAAAAUUAAAAGUAAAAAAUAAGUGCCACAUAAAAUGUUGAAAAUGAAAAAUAUAAAUGCAAAUUUAUUACUGCAACUCUGUGUCCUGGCAAUCAGCCUGAAUACUGCCUUUGCCUGUCAUGGCACUUUGUUGGCUGCGGGCAUUACCGAAGAAGAGAAAGAAAUUAUUUUGAGAGAACACAAUAGAUUACGGCAAACUGUGGCCACUGGCCGCUAUCCCGGCCAACCGGCGGCGGAGAAUAUGCGUGAAAUCGUCUGGGAUGAUGAGCUAGCCGACAGGGCCCAGAAAUGGGCUGAAAAUUGUCAAUUCCGUCACGAUCCCUUUAGGACAAUAAAUCGUUUUACAAUGGGCCAAAAUCUGGCCAUUAUUUGGAGUACGGCCCCCCUGGAUCCCGAUGAUGGUGAUUUUCCAUCACGCAUUCAAAACUGGUUUAACGAGGUACAGAAAUACUCCUUUGGCGAUGCUUGGUCACCCAAAACUGGCCAUUAUUCUCAGUUGGUUUGGGGCGAAACAAGUUUAGUUGGUUGCGGUUUUGCGGAAUAUAAAGACAAAUCGAAAUACAACAAGCUAUACGUGUGCAAUUAUGGACCAGGUGGCAAUGUUGUCGGCUACAAUCCCUAUGAGGCCGGCAAACCCUCGUGCAGUUUGUACGGUAUGAAACCAUCGAAACGAUACAAUGGACUAUGUGCAGCUCCCGAUCCCAGUACCGUCAGCGAUAAUGCCAUUGAAACGUAUGAAUAUAAAAACACUAACAGCAACAACAACAAUUUCAAUUCAUUCAGCGCUUAUAACACCAAACAAACUACGCAAUAUUCUGCCACUACUAAAUUUAGCAAUAAUAACAACAAGAAUAGCAACAGCAACAAUAAUAAUAAUAAUAAUAGUUUCAAACAUACUACAACCUAUUCUAAUACCUUCAAACAUCAACAGGCGACAUCUACGAAAAGCACGUCAACAGCGUCGCAAAAAGGUGGGAGCUCGUUUGGCACCAAGAACUACGGCGGCUCGCAGGCAUUUACCACGGAGACAGCACAGCAGCAGCAGCAACAACAACAUCAAUACCGGAAUAAACUUGAAUCGUAUAAACCAUCACCGGAGGAAUUUAAGAGGUCCGUUUUCAAACACACCAUACUACGUACUUCCGUAGGUGAGCAGCAACAACAACAACAACAGCAGCAGCAACAACAGCUACAAGUCCAAGCUAGCAACAAACAUGGUUGGAGUCUAUUGACAUGGCGUGGUUAGUAGAAAAUACUGAAAACUCACAACACCCAUGUUGAACGUGAGCUACUCCCACCCUUCAAUACAUCAAUGAGUAAUUUUCAUCAAUUUACUACUGUGUAGUAUCCAUCCGAUUUCCAGCUCCAUCCACAGGGGUACCGUGGAAUUUCCAUUUUAAAAGAGAGAAUUCAUCAGCCACUCACCACCUUAAUACUCCGAAGAUGACGCAAGAAUUGAUAACUGCAAAUUAUGCCAUAAAUGACAAAAAUCAUUGCCUAGACUUAAGACUACAGAUGCGAGGGGAUACAUACCUCCCAAUCUACAUCAUUCGAAAAAAAUAAUUUAUAGAAUUUUAACAUAUUUUUCUAAAUUAAAUUAGUUUUAAGUAGACCUCAUUUUCCCCCUUUUUGGAAAUUUAUAAACUACAGUCUCUCAAAAAGGUGUUCAAACAAAUAAACACAAAUUUCGAAUUGGAAGAAAUUUAUUUUUUGUAAAGAUUAUAUUUAUUAAUUCGCUCUUCAAUCUAACAAAAUAAAAUUUGUUUAAAUUCUUUCUUGGCAGACUGUAAACAAUUAGCAGAAAAAAAUAUCACAAAAAAGGACAUAUUUUAUUCUACAACCAAAAAUGUUCUUCUAAUGCAGAGGAGCCUCGGUAACAAACACUAGCCUAGGUUGUCUCCUUGUAGAAAUAAUUUGAAAUCAACAAAAAGAAAUACCCUCCAAAUUGUGUUCCAAUACUAUCCACACCUGCCCCGCCCACUACGCCACAAUUUCCUAUAAUCUGAAAUAUUACAAAAUGUAUUAAUCGAAUAUUUGUAUCAAAUGUUUGUCGUCUAUCAUUGCCUACAGUUUUUUUUUUUUUUUGCACUGUGUCGUCACCUUGCAUUUCACAAUAUAUUAAGAACCAUCCAAUUUUAAUCAUUUUAUUAAGAAAUUCAUUUAAAUAGUAUAAAUGCUUUAUAACAUUGUGCGUAUAUUUUUGUUUUGAUGUGUAUUUGUUGCUAUGAGAUUAUGUAUUCAUUUUAAAUAAUUUUCUGUUCACUCUUCAUCGAUGUAGAAAUAUGUAUGAUAUUUUUUAUAUAUAAUAAAAAAAAUA